AAAAUAAAAAUAAUCUUUAAUCUGUGUUGGUGUGGUGGUGCCAAGGUGGUGCGGUGUAAAAUUGGCGAUUUAGAUUUUUCAAGAAAGCCGCAUUAUUGUUAAAUUACUAACAUUCUUAUCCAUUGACGCUUUUAGGAUUUUAUAAUUAAAAAUGUAUAGAUAUUUAGAAAACAUGUUUAGCUUCAAAAUUCUAGCUUCGUUCUUGAUAUUGAUCUGCCACAGUUUCUACAAUCCCACUGAUAGCGGUGCAGUUCAAAUUACUCAGAGCAAUUUAGAUAUGGUGUUAGCAUCAAACGAAGUAGUUUUUAUAAAUUUUUAUGCUGAGUGGUGUAGAUUUAGUAAUAUGCUGAUGCCCAUAUUUGAUGAUGCUGCUGAUGAAGUGACGAAAGCCGGCUACGACACUGGCAAAGUUGUCAUGGGGAAAGUAGAUUGUGACAAAGAAGGGGAAGUUGCAAAUAGAUUUCAUAUAUCUAAGUACCCAACUCUAAAACUGUUUAGAAAUGGUGCACCAGCUAAAAAGGAGUACAGAGGUCAGCGGUCUGUAGAAGCAUUUUCUGAGUUUAUCAAAAAACAGUUAAUUGAUCCUGUAACACAAUUCAGUCAUUUGAAAGAGCUCCAGAAUCUAAGUGAGGACAAGAGACAUAUCAUUGGUUACAUGGAUCGGAGAGACCAGCCUGAAUAUGAUGUCUUCCGGAAAGUAGCAGCUAGUCUAAAAGAUGAAUGCCUAUUCCAAGUCGGAUUUGGUGAAGCUUCACAGCAAAUGCAUCCACCAGGACAGCCAAUUGUAGUGUAUAGGACUGACAAGAAGACAUCAGUAGAACCUGAUGAGACCUACCAUGGAUCACUGCUCAAUUAUGAUGAACUGUACACUUGGGUGCAGCAAAAAUGUAUACCUCUUGUGCGUGAAAUUACAUUUGAAAAUGCAGAAGAACUUACAGAAGAAGGAUUGCCAUUCCUUAUUUUGUUCCAUAAACCCUCGGACACUGAAAGUGUGAAGAAAUACAAAGCAAUCAUAAAGAGCCAACUGGAACCUGAAAAAAAAAACGUAAACUUCCUCACGGCUGACGGCGUCAGGUUCGAGCAUCCGUUGCAUCACCUCGGCAAGUCACUGGACGACCUGCCGCUGAUCGCCAUCGACUCCUUUAGACACAUGUACCUCUUCCCGGAUUACAAUGAUAUGGAGAAACCUGGGAAGCUUAAAGAAUUCCUCCAAGAUUUAUACUCUGGGAAACUACACAGAGAAUUUCAUUAUGGAACUGAAGCACCCAAUGUGGUGCCCAAUGCAGAUAUCAAGGUGACCACACCGCCAGAGUCCACCUUCAAGAAACUUGCACCGUCUAAAAACAGAUACACUCUAUUGAGAGACGAGUUAUAAGGAACAUUGGUAUAGUGUACAAUUUUGUAGGUAACAUUGCCUCUACAGCAUAUUCAUCUCAUUUUUUUUUGUUAUUUGAUAAUAUUUUCCUUAGUUUUUUUUUUCGUUUUAUCCUUUAUUUAUUUUGGAUAUGAAGUGAAAAAUUAAUUUUUUUCCAUUGCAUAUUUUGCAAAUAGUGAAAAGUUUGCGUUAACUUUGAUUAUACAGUAAUAUUAAAAAAUGCAUGUAAAUAUUAGAUAAAAUUACAAUACGAAAUAUGUUUUAUAUUUCAAUAUAUAUCUUAUGUAGUUAAGAAUUUCUGUAUAACUAAGAACUAUUUAUUUACUUGCUAUAAACUUUUCUAUCUAUCCAUUCCCUACUGUGUGUUUCCUGUAUAAUGAAAUUGUAGUUAAAUAUUUUUUUUAUAAAAAAUUCUUAGUUUACCUCAAAAGAUGAAUAGCAUUAUGAUUUGGUAAUAUGGUUGACUACCUAUCCUAUCCUACCUAAAAAUCCCAUCCUCGGCCUCGGCUGGUGGGCAUCACCUUUAGCGGAGCGUCUUAAACCUAUACCCAGAUCAGAUGUCCUGGGAUUUGCUAUGACCCGACCAAAUGUUGUAUCCAUGGAAUUCUAAAUAUGAUAUUUGUCUCUAUUUACCACUGUCAAUUUAUAUUUAAGAAAUACCAUAACAGUUAUUCGGAUUUUCAGUAUUCAACCAUUAAAUUUACCUAAAAACAAUAGCUAUGUUCGUCAUUUUAAUAUAUGCAAUUGUUGACCUAUAAGUUAUAACAGAGCUCAGUAUGAUUGAUAACAUGUUUCAAUAGCUUAUAGAUAAAUAACGUUUAUAAAUAAAUCAUAAUUUCUUGUAUGAAAAGUAAAGUGUAUGUGUUUAGAUAACAAUUUUUUUUCAUAAUCCGCUUGUUUUAAUUUGUACUUGUACAAAAAUAUACUAUAAGAUAAUUCUGUGUAAUUUAUAGCAGCUGUGUUGUUUUAAUUCAUAAAUGACUUCAAACUCCAUUUUUCACACAUAAGUAAACUGAAAUCAUGAAAUUGUAUAGUAUGCGUCAAACUUUUUUCGAUGUCGUGUACAGUUCGCGCGGCGAGAGUUUGGCUUUGACCUUCGGAUGGAGGGGAUUACUGCGCAUGGGUACUGUCACGCACACAAUACUUUUCCUUUUUUAUGUACCAGGUUGGAUAUUUGAGUGGGUCAAAAUUCAUGUAUAGUGAUAAUAAUGCUAGAAAAUAAUACGAAGUAGAUAAACUUCUUCAUUUAUUAAAACUAUUGAUAGUUAUUUUACAUAUUUAAAAUGUUUAUACAGAGACAGCAAUGAAAAUUCUAAAUAAUUGUUUUUAAUAAAAUUAUUUAUUCCAAGAUACAUGUAAAAUUGCUACAUAAGAACAAAAGAAAACUUAAAAUAAUUAUUAAAUACAGUGUGUCCCUGGAUAAUCUGCAACACCAAAAGGGGGUGAAACUACACCAAAAUGUAAUUUAAAAAAGUUAACAUUAAAAAAAAGUCUUAGCAGCAGUACUAUUCAGAUUCUGAAUCAGUUAACGGUUUAACGCCUUCUAUGAAAUUACCGCAUGGGUCAUUGGUGCUGCCGACGUUGCACGAAAUUGUGCAACGUCUUUUGCUUGUUGAGGGUCCGGGUUCAGGGCUUCCUCGGUCGCAGUUGUCAUCAUCAUCAUCUUCAUAACCAUCAUCAGAAUCAUCGUCUUCGGAACUAUCAUCGGCGCGAAUUAUAAAUUGCUCGGUAAGUAAAUCAACUACAUAGUCACUCUUGGCGUACUCUUCUUCUAUAUCUUUUACCUUCUUACAUAUUUUUUCCCAUUCCUGGGCACCCAUUAAGGAUACUUUUUCUUUGAUAAGUUUGGUACAUUCUUGUAAAUUCCAUUUAACAUUUUUGCUAGCUACAUAUUGUUUAAUAGUAGCCCAUGCCAUUUCUAUGGGGUUGAGGUCUGGAUGGUAAGGCGGUAAUCUCAAUAUGCUAUGGUUUGCUUCUGCUAAAAUUUGAUCUAUUGAAAAAGUUUUAAAUCUUUCUUUAUUAGCUUUUAUCAUGUUGUACAAUUGUGGCUUGAGCAUUGUUGAAUCAUAUUGUAUGCCUUUAUUAGUUAGCCAAUUUUGCAUAUCGGCUUUUUUGGUAUUGGAGGACGGUGCUAAAUCCCAUUGUUUAUUGUGGUAUGAGGCGUUGUCGACAACCACUACAGAAUUGGGUGGUAGGUUGGGAAUUAAUUGUGUCCUAAGCCAUUUUUCAUAAUUCUCGUAAUUCAUGUUGUCGUGAUAGUCCCCUGUUUUGGUGCCGGCUUUAAAAGUUAAUAAAGCAUUUGGUAUAAACCCAGCUUCAGAUCCUGCGUGGACUAUCACAACUCGUUGUCCUUUAGAAAUGGGUUUUUUUAGUCCUUCCGUAGGGCAAUCGCUCCAGGCUUUGGUUGUUGAGUGCGAUGAAUCUACGUAGGAUUCAUCUGUGUAAACAAUGGGUCUUCCUUCUUGUCGAUAUUUUUUUAUUUUUCUUAAAUAUUCAAUGCGUUGUAAUCGGAUAUUCGAUGUUUCUAUUAGUAAUUUACGGUUGUUUUCUGUUUUUUUCCAGCGAAAUCCUAACUCCUUUACAAUUACACGAAGACUUGUUUCUGACCCUUUAAAGUUUAUAUCUUCCUCAAGUUUCUUUUUUAGUUUCCCAAUGGUGGGAAGUUCAUUAUUCGUCUUAUGAAAAUUGUGUAAACAUCUUUUUAUAACACCUUGGUCAAAAUUAUCAAUAUUGGUAACUGGUUUAGCUCUGGGACGUUUUUUUCCAGGUGUUCUGAAAGUAAUUAGCAAAUCGGAACUCUUGGCUUGAUUUGCGAUAUUUUUUACAGUGCCAAUUGAAGUCUUAGUGGCCUCCGAUGUCCGUUUUUGAAUCUGAGCUAAUUUACUGACUACUCUAUUUAAUUUAGAAACAGUUUCCGUUUUCAUUACCUGCAAAGUCUCUAUAGUUUGGUUAUUUUCCGACUGACUGAGUAAAGAAGCAACUUCCUCAAUCUUACUUCGAAUUUGCUUCAAUGAAUCGAUACAUUCGUCAGCUUCUUUCUUUAAAAAGCAAUUCACGUCAUAUAUCAUUUUCCGUGCUUGCCUUUUUAAAACAAUGUUUUUUUUACGCAUUUUUAAAUCACUUUUUAAUAUUUAACAAAAAAACUUAAACAAACAAACUCAACAAAUAAUAACAAUCGACAACAAUUAACGAAAAUAGCAAUUCAUUUGUGAACGUGAUUGUACAACAGGAGUGCGCGGUACGUCGUUUCGGUGCGAGAGGCAGGUAACGACUGGAGCGCCAAUCAGAGCACCGCGCACCCGCCCCGCACCCCGCUAAUGCCCGUUGAUACCCAAUUUCUGAUUUCUGCGCAAUAACGGUCAAAGCCAAACUCUCGCCGCGCGAACAGUAGAAACCGAAAAAGGGUGUGGAUAUUCAUCCUCCUCCUUACAAGUUAGCCCGCUUCCAUCUUAGACUGCAUCAUCACUUGCCACCAGGUGAGAUUGUAAUCAAGGGCUAACUUGUAAAGAAUAAAAAAAAAAACAAAAAAAAAGUUCGGUGUGUUGCAAUGUCAGAGCGGACUCAAAAUUUGGCGCAUGCUAUACCCGCAUUGGAUAUAAGAAAAAAAUAGAUUUGUUUUAAUGUUUUCCCGUUGACUAUUCAGUAGGCAUGAUUAUUACAAUUUAGGUUUACAUUAAUUAUAAUAAUUAUUCUAUUAUUUUAAAAUUAAAAAAAAUAAUAAUUAUUCUGUUAUUAUUAUAUACAGUAUGCUUUUGUAAAAUGAGUAAUAUAAUUACAAAUUUAUUAAAGAGUAAUUAUAAAAGUGCUUUGCAAAUGCAAUUUUCAAUUAAUUAUUCAUAUUGAAAUUAUUCAUAAAAAAGAUAUAUUUUACUUGCUUGGUGAAAGUCCAAAAUAUGUGUAGCUUGUUUUUGGUUAUAUUGAUUAAUUGAUACAUAUAUCUCCCGAGCACCCUGUAUAUAUUUUCUUGAAGGAUCAUAAAGAAGAAAAUAUUGUGGUUUUCGCUUAAAUAAGACACAUGAUGAUAAUGUCAUAUUAUGUAAGUAUAUGUAUAAAUCACUUCAGUGAGGUUAACUCGUUUUAAUAUUAUGAUUAUAAUUUAAUGUUUGUUACAGGGCUGCAAAACAUUUGGUUGUUAUUUUUGGUAUACAGAAGAUAUUGUUAGUUCAUUAGACUGUAUUUUUACUCAUGUAAAUUUUCCGACAUUUUAAAACUGAACUUACUCGUAGAUUUAUUACUUAAUGUCUGUUUUUGGUGUUUUUGAUUGUAAUACAAUUACACAGUUGUUUCUACAGUAACAAAUUAUUGAUCUUUUUUAUUUUAAUUAUUUAAUAUAUAAUUAUUAUUAUGUACAAAUUAUAUUUAACUAAGUAAUUAUUCAAUGAAUUUUAAUAACUUAUACCAAUUGAAAAUUUCAUAAUAUCUUUUAUUAUUAUAAUAUAUUAAACUGGGGUUUUUAGUAAUAAACAAAGAAAUGCAAUUGGUGUAUAAGAACAAACAUUCUUAAUUGAAUUUAAUUGAAUCCUUAAUACAAAGUUUGUAAUAGAUUUGCAUGUUCUUAGAUAUAAUUUUUAGUUGUGGUUUAGAUUGAAAUAAAAUAGUUUUGGACUAUUUGCUGUCAAUCAAUAAAUUAGAAUACCUAUACCUAUAUAUUACAAAUACAUGUAUACAAUAUACCUAUCAUAAUUCAACUGAAGUCCACUUAUUAUUCGAAAUUUUAUAAAUAAUUUGGCCAUGAUAUAUCAAUUUGAGUGUCCCUGUUAUUGAUAAAUCCUGAAGUAAAUGUAGUUUUUGUAUGCGAUUUUCAACUUAGUCUUAGAGUAAGGUAAUAUUAUACUUAAAUACGAAUCAUUUCGAUAAUUCAUUACUGUUAUAUAGAUCUUAUAAUUAUUAUUUAAAAACAAAUUUCUUAUAUAUUUUCCAUUAAUUAUCAAUUGUUGCUUUUGCGUGAAACGUCCUGGAAAAUUCAAAAUCUAGAUCAAUUAACAUUCCUGAUUUCAAAAACAAAGUAAAUAGAACGUAUUUACUUAAUUUAAUUAAAUAUAUACUGUGAAAGUGGUGUAUAAAAAUGUAUGUUUGUGACGUGUGACGUGUAUUAUAAUAAAUUUUUUUGAUCCUC